GGGAACGGGGUCGCCAUGUUCAAAAUGCGGUAUCUUUAUUGUUCUCCAUUAUUUUUGUCCGCCCAUGGAGUUUAAAUAAAGAGCUGGAUUAUUUGAAUAAGAAUCAAGGUAUCAAUGGAACUGCCCAACUACAACAGGCAGCUGAUGCAACAGCUGCAUGCCCUGCGCAAGGAGGGUCAGUUCUGUGACUGCACCAUCUUGGUGGGUGAUAUUCCCCACCGGGCCCACAAGCUAGUUUUAGCUGCCUCCAGCCUGCUCUUCAAGUCCCUGCUGGAAAGCUCGGACAGUGUCUCCAUAGACCCCGCCCUGGUGACCUCGCAGGAGUUUUCCAGCCUCCUGGAGAUGGCCUACACAGGCAGGCUGCCACCUGGCAAGCACAACUUCACCCGGGUCAUUGCCGCAGCUGACAGCCUGCAGAUGUUCGAUGUGGCCAUUGGGUGCAAGAACAUCCUGGCCAGCCUCAUGAGGCAGCCAGCCACAGCUCCAGCACCACCCCUGGUCAAAAUGCAGCCGACGUCUACUGGGAACCAGGGGGCCUCCCCUGCAGUGUCUGACCCAAACCAAAGACAGAACCCAGGAAUUUUGGAAGCCCUAGCACAGAGGGAGUUAGGGGUUGUGGAGUCAGAGGUACAGGGUGCUGUGAAAGUGUCCCAGCAGGUGGAGCAGAUGCUUUCCAGCCCUCCUCAGGAUUCCUUCUCUGAAGCGGCUCACCAAAAAGCCACGGAGAAAGCAGGCUUGCAGGACAGCUCUGAGAACCUGGAGCUUCUGACACAGAGCCAGGACAAGAUCGCCAGGAUUAUUGGGGAUGUCCAGCUGUGGGUGAAGGCUGCCGAGAUGUGGGAAGGCAUUCCGGGUGUGGAGAAGAAGGUGAUCUUAGAAUGCUGCAGAGGAGGCUGCCCUGGCCCCAGCGCCUUCCAUAGGCUCCUGCACAGCGUGACGGAGGGCGGAGGCCUGUCGGCCCACACGCUGUUCUUGCUGCUCAGCCUCCUCAGGGAGCACCGGCCGGAGCUGGGAGCUGUGCUGGAGGGCCAGGCAGGACACCAGGAAGAGGAGGACACCACCAUCAAGGAUUCGGAUGUGAUCGAUCAGGAGAGGCCGGGGUGUGGCUCUGUGCUGCUGGAGCAUGUAGAGGAGCUGGCCGCCACCCUGGCUGACAUGGAGUCCCUGGGGGAUCGGCUGACGGCGGCUGCAGGACGCUGCGCAGGGGGACGCAUCACAGAGGUGAAGGUGACAUGGCAUGAACCUGCGACAUCUUUGGCGCAGUACAGAAGCGGCAGUGAGACCCCAUCUGUGCCCUGCCCCAGGUGGUGUCUGAGUGCUGCAGAAGUGGGACCCCCCCGUGAGGUGGCCACAUGCCUGCUGGCAGCCGUGGGCCAAGCAGAAGCAGGCCUGACUGAGGGCGAUCUCAUGCUACUGCUACAAGAGCUCCAAGACAGCAGUCCCAAGCUGCAAGGUCUCCUAGCCUGCAUCUGGCCCCAGGAGGACCCCACAGGUGACCAGGAGGAAUCAGAUGGGUCUGAGCUCUUGAGGAGGUACCGCAGAAGACUUUUGCAGACUGUGUCUGACCCUCAGCUGCUACUGCAUAGCUUGGAGACCAUGAUGGGGUUCCUUGCCGAAGAGAGAGAGCGUGUCAAGGACCUGCUUCAGCAGCCCAGCAGCGUUCAGUGCCUGGAUGGGCUACUGUCUGAGGCCCUAGAGGGGAGCCGCCUUUCAUCGCUGUCUGUGUGGAGGCUGCUCUUCAGGGCAGCGGCACAGGACGCCUCGCUGGAGCUCCUCAUCCAGGAGGUCCGGGAGCAGCCAGGAGCACAGAGGCUCAUUCAGGGUGCGAUGGACCCAGAAAGCCUUCAUGUUGACCUGCUGCUGAAGCACAAGACCCUGAUCCUGCAGGUCCCGGGGCAACUGGCCACUCUGGAGGCAGGGCUGCGGGCGGCCGAGGACCCCCCAGAGGAGAUCCCCGAGUUUCUCAGCGCCUGCGGUUCCCAGGAGGGGAGCCUAUCUGUGGGUGACGUCCUGGUCCGAGUGCUGGAGCAGAAGCAGCUCUGCGCGCAGACUUUCUGCAGGCUGCUGUCCCUCAACCGGCAGGGCCUGCCGCUGCUGGAGCCUCUCUUCCAGGACCUGGAGCGCGCCGGGGAAGAGGCGGAGCUGAAGGAUGCGGCCGACCCCUCCCAGGAGGCGGAGUCACAGGCGGGCGACGUGCAGCAGCCCAAGGCCGGCAGGAAGCGGGCAGCGGCAAAGCAGUGCUUCUGCCAGUGGUGUGGCAAGGCCUUCGCCUUCCGCUGCCGCAUGGAGGUGCAUCGCAAGCGCUGCCGCCUCUCGCAGGAGGCCAGCCAGCGGUGCCCUCGCUGUGCCCUGGAGCUGGCCACGCCCCAUGCCCUGCAGCAGCACCUGGCGGAGGCGCACGAGGACCAGCCCCGCCGGAAGAGGAGGAAGCAGGAGUCGGUGUCCUGUGACCUCUGCGGCAAGACCUUCGCCCACCCCUCAGGCAUGCUGUACCAUAAGCGUACCGACCACUUUGAUGAGAAGCCAUAUGCGUGCAAGGAGUGCGGCGCCAAGUUUGCCGCCAACUCAUCCCUGAAGAACCACCAGCGCCUGCAUACGGGCGAGAGGCCCUUCCGCUGCAGACACUGUGACAUGAGCUUCAGCCAGGCCGCCGCACUCUCCUACCACACCAAGAAAAAGCACUCUGAGGGUAAAAUGUACGCCUGCCAGUACUGUGAGGCGCUGUUCGCCCAGUCCAUAGAGCUGACGCGGCACGUGCGUACGCACACCGGGGACAAGCCUUAUGUCUGCCGCGAGUGUGGCAAGGGCUUUAGCCAGGCCAAUGGCUUGUCCGUGCACCUGCACACCUUCCACAACAUUGCUGACCCUCAUGACUGUCAGAAGUGCCGGAUGAGCUUUUCCUCUCUGGAGGAGCACAGGAAGCACAUUCAGGAGUGCCACCCCAAAGAGUACCACCGAUGUGACAUGUGCAACAAGAUCUUCAACAGCGCCGCCCUGCUGGAGAAGCACAUGGUCUCCCACGUCGGGGGCAAGCCCUACAGUUGCAAGAUUUGCCACAAGGCAUAUCAGCAACUUUCCGGUCUGUGGUACCACAACCGCACUGCACACCUCGACGUGCUUGGGGCCCAGAGCGGCCGGGGCCCCAAAUCCCUCUUCCAGUGUCCGGCCUGCAGCCGGGCCUUUUCCAGCAGCACCAGCCUGCUCAAGCACCAGCGUGCCGAGCACCCAGAGGGCGUGCUUGAAUGUGAGGAAUGCAAGGAUACUUUUCCGGAUCUGGACAAUCUGCUGGCCCAUAAGAAGGAGAAGCACUCGGAGUUCCACCAGUGCCCAUACUGCCCCAGCUCUUACACCUUGGCAGCCGAUUUGCAGCAGCAUCUCUGCGCUCAGCACUUCAGCCAGGAGGGGGAGCUGUUUGGCUGCGCACACUGCGACCUGCUCUUUCCCUCACAGUUGGAGCUACAGGAGCACUUUCUCUCUCACCACACUGAGGCACUGUCUGAUGAAUCCCAGGUCUCUGCCACCCAAAUGGUAAUCCAGGCCGAGGAGGCCCCCGGUGGCCAGCAGCAGGUAAUCGCCCUGGACCAAUCGCAGCUUAGCGGCUCCCAGGUCUACGUGGCGCUGACAGACACAGAAGGUGGGGCAGCAGGCUCUGAGAUAGUGGCAGUCAACAUGGAGGAUCUGCUGGACGGCACGGUCACCUUCAUCUGCGGGGAGAGCCAGUGAGCUUGGCCGCUUGGUUUCCCCGGCACUUCUCAUUGGGCCAGUCUACCCACGGUGUCACUGGUCAUUGGUGAAUUGGCCGGGUGCUCUGUUCCUUCCCGCCCCCUGAAUAUGCGUAGUAAAGCUGACUGACUGUAGAAAGCCGUGCAGCUUUGCUUCAACUUAUCUUCGUGUUCCGCCCACCUGCCACUGUUUCCCUGGUUUGUGCUCACGCUCACAGGGAUGGGUGUGGACAUCAAGGGCCAUUUCUCUAAGAUGGUCUUUGACCCUGAAGGUGGCUUCAUAUGGGCAGGAUUCACGGUCACCCUCUGAAAUAGUGGGCCAGCCCAGGUAUGACCUCUGACCCCCGAUCGGGCGACAUCAGCUUCUGAUUCUGUGAAACUCCCCCGGCUGCUUCUCUCUGCUGGACUCACACAUCCAUUCUCACCCCCCCCCCCAACCAUCCCAAUAUUUAUUAAUUUGUAUUUUAAUGCGCCAUGAUCUGUGACCUUUCUAUCAGAAUUUAAAUAAAUAUGAAUAAUUUAAAUAACACUGUCUGUCCCGUUCUGUGCCGAAGCCUCCCAUUUGUAUGGUGGGUCUCCCCCAUCACUGCGACUGAAGGUCUGGUUAUGCUGACAUGCUGUUGCACAGUCAAAUCACUAGGUGGUGCUGUGUCCCUAAAACUCAACUAUAGCAAACAAAAACCAUCCUAAGCUUACCUGAUUUUUUUUCCACUAAAAUCAGCAAUUGCAACAGAAUAUCAUUUUAUUUUCAUCAUGCCAUGUUCCUCCUUGAAUUGCCUGUAUGAAAUAAUCUGCCUUGCCUUUCCUGAUUUAAGCCGAUUGCUGUUUUAGCCUGACAUAACUCACUGUAUUCAUUGCAACAGGAGAAAUUCCCUGUGUGUAUGUGUACAUACCUGGCAAUUAAACCUCAUUCUGAUUCUGUGUGUCUCAAGGAUCUUCAACAAAAGGAAAUAUAAAAAUAUUGUCAUUAUACACCAAACUGUCAAAAGACAGCAAAGGAC